CUCCACGAUUGUUCUUGCCAACAAUGCGGCGGUCCAUUUGGCGCUGCUUCCAGACAGGCGCCAACGUCCCCUUCGGGGUUCAAUAUAACGCGGCCAAGAUGAAGCACUGGCCCUCCCAAAAGGUGCCAGAAAAUUUUGCAUUUACCCAAGAACAACGCCUCAAGGCCAAGGCCAUGCCCAGGGACACGGGCAAAAUACCCAGGGAUUUCGUCCUGUCCGUCCUUUACCGCCACCAGCCGUGCGAGGUGAGUGCACUCUGGGAGUACUGCACGGACGACCCUCAGAUUGUCCUAGAUAGCAAGCGCCACCUCCGCGACGUGCUCCAGCAGGCCAGAAACGAGGGUUUUAUUAGCUUUGAGAUGGAUCCGGUCACGCACCGCUGGCUCUGUCAUCUCACACGGGAGCGCUACGAGGAGGUACGCCGCCUCGUGGGCGCGAGAAAUGAGGCAAUCGAGCAGAACCUAAAGCUGAAGCCCUCCACGGAAGAGACGGCCAAUCUCUGCAUGAGUUUCCAAGAAAUGGAUCAGGAGACCAAAAGAAAGCAUCUGGACCUGCUGACGGAGCAAGUCGCCGAGGUGGCGGCCCACCUUAGGCGUUUCCAGCGAACAGAGAUUGAUUAUCUUCCCUACACAGAUCUUAACGGCAAGGUGAACUUCAUGUGGUGGUACGAAACAGUAGACACAAAGGCAGCACUUCCGCCUUCUAACGAAGACACUAGCGGGAAGUUGAAUGAGUAGCCCAUUGAAGCAGCAGUAUAGUGAAUCCAGGAUGAAGAUGGAGAACGUUCAAAAAUCGCGAUGAUUCAAGCUAGCAGUCGUAUUGCUACUCUACAUGUGCGUGGGUUUUUUCUCCCUUUCUUGUAUAAUAGGAGGCUAAAAAAAGAUGAUUUGAGGUUUAGACGUCUCAGAAAA